AUGGUUCGUGGCGCCUGCUCCUCCAAAAUCCGUGUAGAGACCCACGUCAACAGCGGCUUGUCUCUCGAUAUGGUCUCGUCGCUCAUUAUUGGCUCUCAAGCGGCUGUCGUGAUCGACAUGCCUAUGGCUAUUCCUCAAGCUGUAGAGCUCGCCGCCUGGGUCAAGAAUACUACAGACAAGCCUCUUGUUGCUGCCUUCACCACGCACUUUCAUCCCGACCAUUACCUCAGCGGUGCCGAGUUUCUCAAAAGCUUUCCCAAUACCAAGUACUACGCAAAUUCCAAAGCGGCGGCACAGAUUCGUGUGGAGGCUGCAAGCAAGGUUCAGGCAGUAGGCACAGCUUUUGGAGCCGACAACAUCGUGAAAGAGGUCGCCAUUCCUUCGCCGUACGACUUUACAUUCUUCACUCUGCCAGGAGAUGAGGCGUCCCCCAUCCACCUUCUUAGCCCCUUGACCGGCGACACUGUGGACGAGACUAUGUUCUGGGUGCCAUCAAUUCGCACCCUCAUUGCCGGCGACGCGGUCUAUGGUCACGAUGUACACCUUUGGCUUGCCGAUCUCUUGACGCCGGAGUUGACCGAAUCGUGGCUGUCUACGCUCGAUUUCAUUAAGCACCUCGGGCCCAAGGUCAUCGUUCCGGGCCACUCGCUCUCGAACAAGAAGUUCGGCCCAACCGUUGAUUUAGAUUUCACCCGCAAAUACCUCCGAUUCUGGCAGAAGCAGAUCGAAUCAAAAGGACACAGCACGUUCACGCCACAGCAGAUUUUCCAAAAGUUCAAUGCUAGUUUCCCUGCUUUGCUUGCUGGAAGGGACAUUGCAAGCUCCAUGUUCUUGUUAAAUGCUACCGCUGAGCAGUUUGGCCGCGACGGCAAUCGCCAACCCAGGAGCGACUUCCUGCCUCUGCGUCACCCUGACAGCAAACUCCGCCAGCCAAUCAGCAGCACGAUUCGAGCUUGCGGGUCUCUAGGCAACGACCAUCACUCGCUAGUACUACUUCACGCAUCUUCCGACUUCAUGCAAUACGAGAUCAUAGACGACCGCCCCUUACGGCGACCUCGCGAGCUCGACUAUGUGAUCCGUCACACCGCUCCUACAGCCAUCCGUUAUGAGGACAACUGCGCGGAGCCCGCUUGCUCCCGAGAAAGGACGUACGGCCCCCGCGAUGACAGAAGCUACAGUCCACCAGGUCGUCGCAGGUCUCGCCGCUAUGAUAUGAGUGAAUUGAAACCGAGGUUUACUCAUGGAUAUGGCCAUGUCGACAGAUACUCGUCUCCAAGUCCCCCUCCUAUCAUCGAGAGAACUAGAGAACGCAGAGGAUAUGGCAGUGAAGAUGAACCUGCUUUCCGGAUCGGACGCAGACGAACUGUAAGGCGAGACUCGUACUCCCAGCCACCUGACACUUUGAUGGCCAGAGUCGCCAGCUUCAAGUUCGACAGCUCGCCUGAAGCUCCAGCCGACCUCAGCUUGGAUGCUUCCAGCACCAUCUUGCCAAAGGGCAAGCGAGCGUCUACGAGUCGACCCCACAAGGCCGUCCACGUCUUCCGGUCAGAUUACACAGGAGAUGGGCACCUUGAAGGAAAUCAUUCCAUCUCUUUGACCUCCCGUUCCGAUCCCGAAGGAGAGUCGUUGUCUCUUUUCCGUUGGCUCCAUGUGAAACAGGAUAUCAUGAACUUUGACUCUCUAGCGGCUGAUAUCCAAGCACUUCCUUUCUUGACAACGCCUCAACGCAAGGCCAUCUCGCGGCUGCUGUCUGACGUCAAGAAGAACUCGUCAAGGCCCAUUCGAGUUUCCAAGGAUACUACCGUGAGACACAUGGACCCUGGUGUUCGACAACUCGACAUUCCCCCGUCCAAAGACAGCCCCGAUAAUCAUACCACGCCGACGCCAGUCACCUGGCUCUGCAUCCCAUACUUUUCCCUUGAACGGUACUCUGGCUUCUCUGCCUCCACGAAUCCAGGCUCGUAUCCCACACAGACUCUCCUACAGGCGUCGUACGCUCGCAUCGCAUACAAACGCGACAUGCAGCAAGCGGCCCGCCAUAUCAACAGCGGAGACAGGGGUUGGUGCUUUCACAUCCCGCAACUCUGGUGCUUGGUCAUAGGCGACUCUGUACUUGUGACGUGCGGGCUGAUGGAUGAGCUCACGCUGCGUGAUAAGGCCAUAUCCAUCCAGGAAGAGAUUCCGCGGCCGCCGCACUCCAAAGGUGUCAAGGGUGCCCGCAUCCUGGUUAGGUAUGGAGUCUCGUUGUCAUGGUCCAUACCUGCUGAGGAAUGCAAGACGUUCCUUGCCUUUGCUGCCCACUUUCACGAACUGUGGCCUGCGGUAUUGGAAUUCUAUCACGACCAACACAUGGUGUCCAAGGAUACAUGGCGCGAUAUCUUCAAGCUUCUCCAGCGAGGGCGGAGCAGCAUUACGCUCACCAUGAAAACUAAGUUUGCGCCGCCGUUCACGCCUUCCUUACGCCUCCACGACUUACACCGGGCACCCGGACGUAUUCCGGCCUUUAAGGAUACCAAACUUCCAGAGGAAAGCAAUAUUCAGCCUUCACCACGAAAAAAGCGCGAGGAGGCCACCACAGAGUUCGACAAGGAAGACAAACUGACAGAGAUACCUUCACGAAACCCCAACGAGAUAUUUCACGUCUUCAGCUGGAUCAAAACGAAGUCUUCGAGCGCAGCUGAUUACCCAAAUCUCGAAGAUAUCCAGGGGCGCCUUGAAAAAGUGUCCAGCCUUCUCAGCGGAGAUUCCAAUGCCGCCGGAAGCAAGGCUUUCCGAGCUGCUAGCACAAUGGACCGCGCAGCCACCCAUACCCGCGUCGAAGCCUCAACCCGACAAGCUUCCGAUGGGGGCAGUAGCAGUCGUAGACCUGGCAGAUAUCGACAGAGCGCUAUCGGGCUGUUCAACACAGCAGACGUUCCCCAGGGUUCAGAAAGGAACCGCCACGGCAGGGAUGACAGGCGUUCUGCGGGUGAUUCGCCUCAUCCAAAUAUUGGUCUUAUUCUAUCAAAGUUUGAAGAUCUCAUGCCGAACAUGCUGGCCUUUAAGCAGCUGAUGACGCAAGCUACGGAGUCCGAUCGUGCCAAGAUACAAGUAUCUGAAGAUUUGACCCGCGCCUGGCCCCUCAUCGUCAUGAGCCUUAUUCAUAGCUGCGCUGACAUGGGUAGUGUUAGCUCAUGGGCUGAACAGCUGAGCUUUGCGAUCUCUCUCAUCCAAAGCGGCAUGGCGGAAACUAUUGACAGCCUUUCCUCCUUUCGACUUGCCGGCAAGGUCACCGUCUUACCGAUGGAUCUUAUAUCGUUGAUGAGCAUUCGGCUGCUCUCUGAUGUCACUGGAAAGCAUCCAAGUGCAAGCGAGACAUAUCUGGAGUACCUCCAGGGCUUAGAAGCACAGAUCACAUCGAUGCCAUCCGAUCGGUCGUAUGAGACUCGCAUCAAUCACGUACAGGAGGAAAUCACAAUCGCGAAGAAUAUUGUGGGUGCGCAAAAGGUCAUUUACGGGUUCAUCAGCCGAACCUUGAACGCCGGCGAGUCCAAAAAUCUCAUCAGUCGUACAAGGCCGUUCGAUCACUAUGGUGAAGGCCUCAAUAGAUCGGCGGCACCUUAUAACAACCCUUUUGCGCCGGGAAACGCGGACGACAUGGCACUCGAGCUUCCGCUUUCCGAUUUAUCGUCGGUCCGAGACCUUCUUGUUUGGGAGUGCAUCGACCUGCUAGAACGGAAGAAGAAGGAGUUUCAAGGGUACGGCUUGCACGCGCAGUCACUGGAGCGCCAGAAUGCCAGCAAAGUCAUCGGCACCAAAGACAAGCAGGAACAGGCCAUCUACAUCUUCACACUCGUGACAAUCAUUUUUCUGCCGCUCAGCGCAGUCUCGAGCAUUUUCGGGAUGAACACCAGCGACGUGCGGGACAUGGAGUCGGGCAUGUGGACGUACUGGGCUGUGGCCAUCCCCGUGACGCUGCUGGUCAUUCUGCUCGGUUUGUGGUGGCUGGGUGAGCUGGGCGCGCUCGCUGCGUGGGUGACGUGCAAGUUGCGAGGACAGCGCGGUCUUUCGGAUGAGAUUCCUCCACCACCGUACCCCGGGCAUCAGCUCUCGUCGAUGACGGUGCCAGAGGAGCUUCCCGGCCGUACCCGUAACGUCUACCGGGAGCGAUACUACCGUCCGCCUCCACCAGUAAUCGAAAGCGAUGAUGACGGGCGUGACGGCUGGCGGCGUUCGUAUCGGCAACGCGAGGAUGAGAGGCUUGAAGAUGAGAGAUACGCCGUGCAGACGCGGCUCGACCGAGAGAGGCGGCGCGCCGAGGAAAGGCAGCUGUUAGAGGAAAAGAGACUACUGGACAAACUGGAGGCGGAGGAGGAGGCGAAAGCGAAGAUGCAGGCUGAGCUGGACCUGUUACGACGGGAGAUGAGAAUGCAAGAAGAAGAGGCAGCAAAGAGGGCCGCAGGGGAACGGAUGCAGCGCCACCGAAACGAGGAGAGAGAGAGGCGCCUCGCAGAAGAGAAGGCGAGACGCGCGGCAGAGGAGAAGGUAAAGCGAGCGGCAGAGGAGAAGCAACCGGCCAGCGAGCGCGAGAAAAGGGACGAUUCCGAUGCAGGGCCCAGCAGACGGGCGCCGCAUCGCGACCAGACUGUGGAGGAGUACGACUGA